CCCUGCACUCCGCAGAACACACACCCUACUCCGAGAUGAAGCUGUUCAUCGUUGCUGCCAUCGUGGCCGUUGCUGCUGCCGAUAAGUUGCCCGCCCCGCCCUCCUACUCCGCCCCUGCUCAGCCCUCCUACUCCGCCCCUGCUCAGCCCUCGUACUCCGCCCCUGCCCAACCCUCGUACUCUGCGCCUGCCCAGCCCUCGUACUCUGCCCCCGCUGCCCCCAAGUACGCCCCCAAGGUGAUCGAGAUCCUGAGCCAGGAGUUCGACCUGCCUACCAGACGGAGAACGGCAUCUACGCCUCCGAGUCGGGCCAGGCCGUGGCCGGCUACGGAGAUGAGCAGAGCUACGCCGUCCAGGGCCAGUACAGCUACACCGGCGACGACGGUGUCAGCUACACCGUGUCGUACGUGGCCGACGCCAACGGCUUCCAGCCGCAGGGUGACCACCUGCCGACCCCCGUGCCCACCGAGUACCCGACCCCUGAGGUGCCGGCGACCCAGGCUAGCUACCAGGCGGCCCCUGCCCCCAGGUACCAGCCUGCCCCUGCCCCUAGCUACCAGGCUGCCCCUGCCCCCAGCUACCAGGCUGCCCCUGCCCCCAGCUAUCAGCCCGCCCCCGCACCCCAGUACCAGGCCAGAUACCAGUGAUUCUGAGUCAAGUCCUCUCUGUCCAUCGUUGGGAUAAGAGCAGUGUACACCGACUACGCUUACAUGUUUGUCUAUUUAUUGUGAUGUAUGAAAUGAGUGUUAUGUUUGAUUGCGUUGCGUGACCGUUUCGUUUCAAUACAUGUGCAUUU